UAUUAAAUUUUCAUACCGUCGUCCAUCACAAGCCACCAAAGAAAGAAAAGCAGAAAAUCAAAACGAGUAAAGAGGAAGAAGAAGAAGAAGAAGAAGAAUAUUCAUCUCUUGUUUUGGCUUCCUUCUCAAGCCAUUUUAAUUACUCUUUCUCUUCUCUCGAAAAACCUUUUUUUUCAUUCUUUUUUAAUCGUUUGAUAAUCCGCCAUUAAAGCUCUCACGGAAGCUCCAGCGAGAACACCUCCACCAUUUCCAUCACACAACCUGGCUUUCCUCUCACGAGAAAUCAGAAAAUAAACCCAUUUCUCUCUACUUUACAGCUUGUCUCUGUACUUCCCUUCUGUAUAUAUAUAGUCUCUGUUUCUUCAACCUGAACGGCUAAGUUUGAAGAAGAAGAAGAAGAAGACGAAGAUGAGAUUUACACAGUUGGUUUGGUGUUUGAUGUUUCUGCUUCGAUUCGGAUUCUUAGCGGAUGCGAUUCUCGACCCUGUUGAUUUCUUGGCUCUGCAAGCGAUUCGCAAAUCUCUCGAUGACUUGCCCGGUUCCAAUUUCUUCCAGUCCUGGGAUUUCACCUCUGAUCCUUGUGGCUUCGCCGGCGUCUACUGCGACGGCGAUAAGGUCAUUUCUCUCAAUCUCGGCGAUCCCAGAGCCGGGUCACCCGGUUUGUCGGGUCGGAUCAGUCCGGCUAUAGGCAAACUCUCUGCUCUCACGGAGCUCUCCAUUGUCCCCGGCCGAAUCAUGGGUGCUUUACCGGCAACAGUCUCGCAGUUAAAAAACCUUCGAUUUCUCGCAAUCAGCCGGAAUUUCAUCUCCGGAGAGAUUCCAGCGAGUCUCGGCGAGGUUCGCGGUCUCAGAACCCUCGAUUUGAGCUACAAUCAGCUAACCGGAACCAUUUCGCCGUCAAUCGGAUCCUUACCUGAGCUCUCUAAUCUGAUUCUCUGCCACAAUCACUUGACCGGAUCAAUCCCUCCGUUUCUCUCACAGAGCCUAAUCAGAAUCGAUCUCAAACGCAACAGCCUCACCGGCUCAAUCUCUCCGGCGUCUCUCCCUCCCUCGCUGCAAUACCUAUCACUCGCCUGGAACCAGUUAACCGGACCGGUGGACCGAGUUUUACUCCGGUUAAACCAGCUUAACUACCUCGAUCUCAGCUUAAACCGGUUAACCGGUAGAAUCCCUGGUCGAAUCUUCGCCUUCCCGAUCACUAACCUACAGUUACAGCGCAAUUUCUUCUACGGACCGAUUCAGCCGGCGAAUCAAGUGACGAUCCCAACCGUCGAUCUCAGCUACAAUCGAUUCUCCGGCGGGAUAUCUCCGCUUCUCUCAAGCGUAGAGAAUCUCUACCUGAACAGCAAUCGAUUCACCGGCGAAGUCCCGGCGAGCUUCGUGGAGCGAUUGUUAUCGGCGAGCAUGCAAACGCUGUAUCUGCAGCAUAACUUCUUGACGGGAAUACAGAUUAGCCCGGCGGCGGAAAUCCCGGUGAGCAGCUCGCUGUGUCUGCAGUAUAACUGCAUGGUACCGCCGUUACAGACGCCGUGUCCGCUUAAGGCCGGCCCACAGAAGACUAGGCCCACUACACAAUGCACCGAGUGGCGAGGGUAAUUUCGUAAUUACGCUUUCUUAUGGAUCUUUCGAUGGUAAAUUAUUAUAUGUUUUUUUUUUUUCAUUUUGCUAUAGUUUUUUCAUUUUUGAGGGGCACAGUGUCUCAGUGUGUUGAAAUGAAAAAAGAGAAAGAAAAAAGGAUUCGUUUAUUCGUUGGUGACUUUAGUGUGUAGAAAUGUCUUUGGAAUAAGGAGUAUAUUUAUGUGAGAAUGAAG